AUGAACAAUUUGACUAAAACCAUAUUAAAUGGAGAUUUUGAUGAACCUUCAUUAUCUGAUAAUGAUAUCAUCAUGAUGCAACUAUUCACAACGCAACAACAAAGAUUACAAACGUUAAGUCUAAACCAACAAACCAGACGUGUUGGUUCCACAAGUGGUCGUCGAUAUAUUAAUUGUGAAAAGAUCAAAUGCGACGAACAAAUUUAUACAGAUUAUUUUGCAGAUAAUCCUGUCUAUCCAGAAGAAUACUUCCGAAGACAUUUUCAAAUGAAGCGGUCAUUGUUUGUUAGUAUCUUACACGAUAUUCAACAAGUGAAUGAGUACUUCAUCCAAACCCGUGAUGCCACUGGUGCUCCUGGAUUAUCCGGUGUACAAAAUAUGACUAUAGCACUUUGGAUCCUCCAGUACGGCAUGUCUAUUGAUGCUGUAGACGAGUACAUUAGAAUUGGCGAAAGUACUGCAAUUGCCGCCUUAAAUUUUUUUACCAGAUCAAUUAUUGCUACCUAUGAAGUCGUUUACUUAAGAUCUCCAAAUGAAGCAGAUUUCGCCAGAUUAUCGCAAGAGGGAGAGCAACGCGAGUUUCUUGGAAUCAUGCCUGCCUCUCUAAAUGAUAUUACUGGUCUUGACAGGUCGCCUUUAUUUGCUAAAUUAACUAGAGGACGUGCCCCUGCUGCCAACUAUACCAUCGAUAAUCACGCGUACACCAUGGGGUAUUAUCUUGCUGAUGGUAUCUAUCCUCGUUGGGCAACGAUUGUGAAAACAAUAUCUCAACCUCAAGGCGCAAAGAGACAACUAUUUGCAAAGAUGCAGGAGGCAUGUCGGAAAGAUGUCGAAAGGGCAUUUGGAGUGCUCCAAGCACGAUUUAAUAUUGUUAGAGCUCCAGCUAGAGGUUGGAGUGAUGAGGAUUUGUACUACAUCACGAAGACGUGCAAUAUUUUGCACAAUAUGAUCAUUGAAGACGAGUGUGAUAUUCCAGAAAAUGAACGCAGUGCAGCACAACUUGAGACUGAUACCAGUAAUUUGGGCUGUGAAGUGUCACGCGAUCCGAAUGAGGAGUAUGCUCAAUUUAUGUUGAAUUGGCAAAGGAUUAGAUCUAUUGAAGCCCAUAAUGCAAUUUGUAAUGAUUUAAUUGAACACUUGUGGUCCCGGGCUAGAGAGUUAGAUUAA